AUGCAGCCUUGCCGGGUGGCCGAGCAGUGGACGGAUGACCCCUUAGGAGGCUCUGUGGCAAAUGGAAAGAAGGAAGGACGCACGCACAGACGCACACAGCCCAGCCGUCUGCGGACGCUGCACUGCACCGUGACGACAGGGGAGGGCAGUCUUCCAUCCCGGAGCCUGCUCCGGCUCUCGGGUGCCCCUGUCCUUGUAGGUCUCCCUCAAGGGUACAAAACGGAGGACAAGGUGCUGUUCUUCAGGAGGGUCCACGCCUGCCAUGCCCACCAAGCCAUCUAUAAAUCUGGUGGGACAUUUACAGGGGAUGCCCGUGAGCAGAAAGGUGCUGUGCAUGUGAGGACCGGGUUCUUCCCUUGUGACCUCAGCCGACACACCUCGGGAUCUGCUUUCACCCCUGGAGGACUGUCUUGGUGGGACACACAGGGUCUGAGCUGCUAUGUAUGCUAUGGGGCCCCUCACCUGGGCUCCUGCAAAGUGGAGACGUGUCCCUACCAGGAUGCCGUCUGCGCCAAGCAGGAGGUGAUGGUCAUCAGGGAGUCUGAAGAGUACAGAGCCCACAACAAGUUCUGCCUGCCCUCCUGCGUGGAGAAUGACCUGUCCCUCCAGAACACGCAGAUAGAGGACUUGAAGGUGAACUCCUAG